UGAAGAGCUUGAUUUAAGGAAGUACAAUUGUAGGCUUUCAGGCAAUUUCAUAAUCUCAUGCAUAGAAACAAGUAAAGUAGCCAGGUCUACAACCUAUUCUAAAGGAGCUAAAAAAAUUAUUAAAAAAAAGAACUUACUGAGCAGACAACGGAAAGCUACACAUGACACUUCCUUCCUGACUGACUAAUAAUCAGACCAAAUGUAUGUGAGCAGUUACAUACGGGUUGAAACUUUGUCUGAUUAUUGGGGGUGUUGUCGUUGGACCUGUUGAUGCAAAUAUUUGUUUAAAUUACAGUUAUAGAUAGAAGCCUUGCAGGCUAUUUAAAAAAGGCCUUUCCGAGUGGACUAGUAGUUUGUCUUAGGGCACAGGAAUCAUGUUCCAGUCACAGUUGGUCUUGUGUGGUUCCUUAGAGGAAGGAAGUGUCGUGUGCAGCUUCCGUUGUCUGCUCAGAAAGUUGUUUUUCUUUUUUCUUUUUUUUAGCUCCUUUAGAAUAGUUUGUAGACCUGGUUACUGUACUUGUUUCUAUGCAUGAGAUUAUAAAAUUUCCUGAAAGCCUACCAUUUUACUGCCUUAAAUCAAGCUCUUCAAAUCUGAAGAUGCUGCAUCAAUAGGACUACCCCUCUCUUCCAUUCAGAAAGACUAGGCCCGUUGGAGAGUAGAGCCACCUUUAGUGCCACGAAAAUUAGUUUGGAUGUUAGACAGAAUUGUAUCAACACAUGAUUAGCCUGCUCAGAUUGCACUCAAUUACAAAAAUAGUUUGCUGUGUAGCUUUACGGUCUUUCCGGUGUUUAUAGGCUUUCCGUUCUGUGUACCUAAGGAUGCAACACAGUUUGAAAAAGGCGGUAGGAAGACAGCGAGUGAGUCACGCAUACGGAACAAUCUCGCAACCUUGCAAUCGCUGGAUGACUUCAAACUAAAUAUAACCGCAAGACCACCUUCCUCGACACUGUAACGCUGGGCCUGCGGGUUCUCAAAUUGCUUGCCUGCGCACAGCAUAGACAAAUAAAGUGUAUUGCCACCAGGAGACGGGGAAUAAGAUAGAACAUCGGUGAGACAAUUGCCCCAAUCUUGAUGGAGGGUAACCCUGUUGUUAAAGUGUCAGUUGCGGAGUUGGCUGGAAAGUUCAAAGGUCACAGUAUCUCCAGUUGUGCUGCGUAUGAUGCGAAUAAGCCGGUUCGACGGAGGCCCCCUCGCACUCUGCAGAUACCUGCCAAAAGUGACGAGAGCCAGGGAGAGGACCAGAAAGCGGACAGCGCCUCUGCACGUCCUGCCAGGUCCAGAAACAGAAACUCUGCUCUUAUUGAGAAGCUGCAGUCCAACCUCGCUCUUUCCCCUGCGGCCUUGUUGCCCUCUCCAAAGAGUCCAGGGUUGAGGCUGCAGCCUCCAGGGUUCUCCCCUAACUGCCCCAGUAGCCCCGUUAGCCCCACACCAGGGGCAGAUAAAAAGGAGGAGGAGUCCCCGGCUAGCUUUGAGAGUCCAGCAGAUGGCGCUCUGCUCCCCAGCAUCAAUAAGAGCAGAGCUCGGCUGUCGGUGAGGCGUCGGCCCCCGUCCCGGCGGGUCAAGAAGUCGGGCAGCGAGGAGAUAGAAGCUGAAGAGGGCGAUGUGGAUUCUUCAUCCUUGCCCACAGUGCGUGCAGAUGGUGGGACUGAGGAAACACACACAGCUGAAACACACACAGAUGACCCUGGAGGCCCUGGCCCUAGCCCUGGCCCUGAGGCAAACACUACCAGUACAGAGGAUCCAAGAGCCGGGCACAAGGCCCAACACAGGUGA